AUGUCUCGAAGAUAUGAUAGCUGUACAACAAUAUUCUCACCUGAAGGACGCCUUUAUCAAGUGGAGUAUGCAAUGGAAGCUAUUGGAAAUGCUGGCACUGCAAUAGGAAUCUUGUCAAAAGAUGGAGUUGUUCUGGUUGGCGAGAAGAAGGUGACAUCCAAGCUGCUUCAAACCUCAACUUCGACUAAGAAAAUGUACAAGAUCGAUGAUCAUGUUGCAUGUGCUGUUGCCGGGAUUAUGUCCGACGCCAACAUCUUAAUCAAUACCGCUAGGAUCCAAGCACAUCGUUACUUAUUUGGGUACCAAGAGCCUAUGCUCGUUGAGCAGUUGGUUCAAUCUCUCUGUGAUACUAAGCAGGGUUACACACAAUUCGGUGGUCUCCGUCCUUUUGGAGUUUCUUUCCUGUUUGCAGGCUGGGACAAAAAUUUUGGCUUUCAACUUUACAUGAGUGAUCCCAGUGGAAAUUACGGCGGUUGGAAAGCCGUUAAGUAUCAAGUUUGCUCCCCAGAGAAUUUGACUAAGCUGUUGGUGAAGUCCGAAGUGACUCAACCCGCAACAGACACUGCUUAG